AUGGGGGAUAGUUUGAAACCCAACGGCGUGUCCUCCAACGUCCCGGCGGCGGCCUUCCCGUCGUCGGACUCGCCAUCGGAGAUUGCUUCCAAUGUGAAUUACCAUGCACAGUACAGCCCUCAUUUCUCUCCUUUCAAGUUUGAUUCCGAGCAGGCCUACUUCGCCACCGCCGAGAGCAUCAGGGAUCGCCUCCUCCAGCAAUGGAACGCAACCUAUCUCCAUUUUCACAAUGCUGACCCAAAGCAAACCUACUACUUGUCUAUGGAAUACCUUCAAGGACGUGCUUUGUCUAAUGCAAUUGGGAAUCUGGACGUUAAAAAUGCAUAUGCUGAGGCUUUAGACAAGCUGGGACAUCAGCUUGAAGAAAUAACGGAGCAGGAGAAAGAUGCUGCACUUGGAAACGGUGGUCUUGGGAGGCUUGCAUCUUGCUUUCUGGAUUCCAUGGCGACUUUGAAUUUGCCUGCAUGGGGAUAUGGUCUCAGAUACAAGUAUGGUCUGUUCAAACAGCGAAUCACCAAGGAGGGCCAACAGGAAACUGCUGAAGAUUGGCUUGAGAAAUUCAGUCCUUGGGAAGUCGUUAGGCAUGAUGUUGUUUUCCCUGUCAGAUUCUUUGGAGAAGUUCAGAUUGAUGGAGAUGGAACCCGAAAAUGGGUUGGUGGAGAAGUGGUGCAAGCUUUGGCUUAUGAUGUCCCCAUUCCUGGAUACAAAACCAAGAACACUAUCAGCCUUCGUUUGUGGGAAGCAAGAGCUUCUCCUGCUGACUUCAACCUAUUUGAAUUUAAUGAAGGAAAUUAUGUAUCUGCUGCACAACGUCAUUCACAAGCUGAACAGAUCUGUGCUGUUCUUUAUCCUGGAGAUGCUACAGAAAGUGGCAAGCUUUUGCGUCUGAAGCAGCAAUUCUUCCUCUGCAGUGCCUCUCUUCAGGAUAUGAUACAGAGGUUUAAAGAGAGGAGAAAGCCCAGUAAGACAUGGCUAUGGUCAGAGUUUCCGAGCAAGGUUGCAGUUCAACUUAAUGAUACUCAUCCUACUCUUGCGAUCCCUGAGCUGAUGCGUUUGCUAAUGGAUGAUGAAGGACUUGGCUGGGAGGAAGCUUGGGAUGUGACAUCAGGAACCAUCUCAUACACAAAUCACACUGUCCUCCCUGAAGCACUAGAGAAGUGGUCCCAGGCUGUGAUGUGGAAACUCCUUCCUCGGCAUAUGGAGAUCAUAGAAGAGAUAGACAAGAGGUUCUUGGGAACGGUGCGUGAAAAAUUCCCAAAACUUGAGAAGAUACUUCCCAGCUUGCGUGUGUUGGAUACCAAUGCCGAAAAACCAGUCGUCCGGAUGGCCAAUUUAUGUGUUGUAACUGCACAUACAGUAAAUGGUGUUGCUGAGCUACAUAGCGACAUCUUGAAGAAGGAGCUAUUCGCGGACUAUCUCACAAUUUGGCCAAAUAAGUUCCAGAACAAAACUAAUGGAAUUACACCUCGUCGAUGGCUUCGCUUCUGCAAUCCAGAACUCAGUAGCUUAAUUACAAAGCAGUUAAAGUCUGACAAGUGGGUAACUGACCUUGACGAGCUUUCUGGCCUUAGAAAAUUUGCAGAUGAUGCGAGCUUCCAAGGUGAAUGGGCAGCUGCUAAGAUGGCCUGUAAGAAACGCUUGGCAGAGUAUGUAAAAAAAGUCACAGGAGUGACCAUCGAUCCAAAUAGCCUCUUUGAUAUUCAAGUGAAGCGUAUCCACGAGUACAAGAGACAACUGCUGAAUAUUUUGGGUGCAGUCUAUCGCUAUAAGAAACUUAAGGAAAUGAGUGAGGAACAGCGAACGACUUCAACUCCACGAACAAUCAUGAUUGGAGGAAAAGCAUUUGCAACAUACACAAAUGCUAAAAGAAUAGUGAAGCUUGUAUAUGAUGUUGGGGAAGUUGUCAAUUCUGAUCCUCAAGUCAAUCAAUAUCUCAAGGUUGUAUUUGUUCCAAACUACAAUGUGUCGGUUGCUGAGAUGCUGAUUCCAGGGAGUGAGCUUUCACAGCACAUCAGCACUGCAGGGAUGGAGGCGAGUGGUACAAGCAACAUGAAAUUCGCCCUGAAUGGCUGCCUAAUUAUCGGAACGCUGGAUGGAGCUAAUGUUGAAAUCAGGGAGGAAGUAGGAGAGGAUAACUUCUUCCUCUUUGGUGCAACAGCCGAUCAAGUCCCUAACCUGAGAAAGGAUAGAGAGAAUGGAAAAUUCAAGCCAGACCCUCGCUUUGAGGAGGCCAAGCAGUACAUAAGAAGUGGAGCAUUUGGGAAGUAUGACUACAGCCAACUUCUGGAUUCCCUUGAAGGGAACUCUGGUUAUGGUCGUGGUGACUACUUCCUCGUUGGACAAGACUUCCCAAGCUACCUGGACGCCCAGGAAAGGGUGGACAAAGCAUACAUGGAUCGGAAGAAGUGGCUGAGGAUGUCCAUAUUGAGCACUGCUGGCAGCGGCAAGUUCAGCAGCGACCGUACAAUUGCUCAGUAUGCCAAGGAGAUCUGGAACAUUGAAGGAUGCCGAGUGCCAUAG